AUGAGUGAAAAUACUUUAACCAGGUGCCCUGGAGGCUUGGAAUGUGAACCUGAUAUACAGCAGGAGAAAUUCUCUCCUAGCCACUUUGCGGCCAAGUUGUGCUUGUGUCUAAAGAAGUUCCAAGUCCACACAGGAGAUAAACCAUACAAAUGCCAGCAGUGUGGGAAAUGUUUCGCUAGUAAGUCACUUGUUGUGAGACAUCACAGAGUCCACACAGGAGAUAAACCAUACAAAUGCCAGCAGUGUGGGGAAUGCUUUGCUUACAAGCCAGUUCUUGUGAAUCAUCAGAGAGUCCACACAGGAGAUAAACCAUACAAAUGCCAGCAGUGUGGGGAAUGCUUUGCUUACAAGUCAGUUCUUGUGAAUCAUCAGAGGGUCCAUAUAGGAGAAAAGCUAUACAAGUGCCAAUACUGUGGAAAAUGUUUUACUGACAAUUCCUGCCUUGUCAAGCAUCAGAGAGUCCACACAUUAGAGAAACCACAUAAAUGCCAGCAGUGUGGAAAAUGUUUUACUUAUAAGUCACUUCUAGUGAGACAUCACAGAGUCCACACAGGAGAUAAACCAUACAAAUGCCAGCAGUGUGGGAAAUGUUUUGCUUACAAGUCAGUCCUUGUGAAUCAUCAGAGGGUCCAUAUAGGAGAAAAGCUAUACAAGUGCCAAUACUGUGGAAAAUGUUUUGCUGACAAGUCCUACCUUGUCAAGCAUCAGAGAGUCCACACAGAAGAGAAACCACAUAAAUGCCAGCAGUGUAGAAAAUGUUUUGCUUAUAAGUCACUGCUUGUGAGACAUAACAGAGUCCACACAGGAGAGAAACCAUACAAAUGCCAGCAGUGUGGGGAAUGUUUUGCUUACAAGCCAGUUCUUGUGAAUCAUCAGAGAGUUCACACAGGAGAGAAACCAUACAAAUGCCAACACUGUGGAAAAUGUUUUGCUGACGAUUCCCAUCUUGUCAAGCAUCAGAGAGUCCACACAGUAGAGAAACCACAUAAGUGCCAGCACUGUGGAAAAUGUUUCGCUCAGAAGUCAUACCUUUGGAAGCACUCAAUACUCCACACAGGAGAGAAACCGUAUCAAUGCCAGCUGUGUGGAAAACGUUUUUCUUACAAGUCAGGCCUUGUGAGGCAUCAGAGAAUCCACACAGCAUAGAAACUAUAAAAGUGCCAGAAGUGUGAGAAAUGUUUUACUCUGGAUUUAACCCCUUUGAAGCAUCAGAAAGUUCACACUGAUAAAAUGAACAUGUGAAAUACUUUUUGUUUGGAAAGUCACUACAUCUGUUUUUCCCCAAAUCGUUUAAAAAUAUCCUGCACUUAUAUGUUCAUUCAAUAAACCUUGGAAUUAUUUGGAGUAUUGUUUCCUUGGCAAUUCACACAAUGUCUUUGAAACAUGGCAUCAGUUAGAAAAAUCAGUAUUUUUAUUAAUGAGGUACUUCCCAACUCAACUGAUUGUGACUAUGGCAGCAUGUGCACUGCAGUUUGACACCACUUUCAUUCCCAAGGCUGAGUGAUAUAGAGUUCUGGGAUUGUAGUUUUGUAGUUUACUUUCCCCGAGUAGCUACGGGAACUGGCCGAGAGUUUUGCCCUCCUCCUCUGCCGCAAGCAGGAGGAAGAACAAUAACCACAGCAAAAGCAACAACAGCUCUUCCUCCAUGGCAGCAUGUCUGGGGGAAUCACAAGGAGAGAAGCAAAGGGAAAUAAAAGUAGGGGGUCAAGCUUGUGUGUAUGAGAGAGAGAGGGAGAGAAAGAGUGUGGGGUUUCCAGGCUCUUGCCAUGCAAGAAUUCAUAAAGCAUGCCGAAGAGAUGACCAUCUAGCCUCUGCUUAAAG